AUGGACCUCGACGACUUGGACUCGUUGGGGUCUAAAGAUUCCAACAGAAAUUCGCAGGCCUCAGUUGUGUCGGAAGACGGGGAGCCCUUGCCUACGUCUCCACCUGCUCCUCUGCUGAGCCCCUCUGCACAUAACUAUGUCCGCGUCAAGCAGGAGCGCUUGCGCAUGGGCGAGGUCGACAGCUUCCGGGGCAUCAACAGUGCAGACAUCUCGCAGGAACAAGCGCAACAGAGCAUUGAGGACCCGCGGUUCCGAACGAAAGUCGAGGCGGUGCUCAAGCGUCUCCUCGCUUUUGCGCGCUCGCCGGGUGAGCUGGCGACCUUUCUGGCUACAGAGCUGCGUGCCACCAAAGUGCGCUGUGGCUACGCGCUUUGCCUGAUCGGCGAACCCGCCGACUCAAUGAUAGUGCUUGUGGAUGGUUAUGCACAGGUGCAUGCCAAGGAGAUUGGUGCGGUCGGGGUCCUUGGACCGGGUGCUUCCUUCGGUGAGGCGGCACUCAUGGGGCUUCUGCACGUUCGUACGGCGACAGUGCAGGCACUGCAGGACUGCACCGUCGUAGAGCUUCGACAAGAAGUGCUAGAGAGGGCCAAAUUCAGGCGGGUCAAGGAGUCACUGCUUCUUUUGGCAUACGAGAGAUGCCAGCAGUCGCAGCAGUGCGUGCCAAUGUGCGCGCUGCCCCUCGGCAUCUCGCCACAAGAUCCCUGUGCUGCCAUCGUGGCACUGCACGCAGAGCGCAUGGACAUACCUCCAGGCGAAGUGUGGCUACCAAUGCCCGACUCGCACCCUUCUGGGCCCCACUUUGGCGUGCUGGUGGCGGGCUUCGCCCACGUGGAGGUCGACGGGCGGCGGGUCUCGCGAUUGAAAGCCGGCAGCUUUGUGCCGGAAGGGGUCCUGGCUGACAGUGGUGCGCUCAUUCGGGCUGCUUCCAACUGCUUGGCCUACCGAGUUCAGCAAUAUGACCUGCUGCUGGCUGUCGGCUCGCGGCCGGAUUGCCGGGAUUGGUAUGACCGGUGCCGGGAUCAUGAGCGGCAAGCGCGCGAGGCCCUCCUGCAGCGCCUCCGCACGGCCAUCAAGGCCCCAACAUCGGUGUCAACGAUCGCACGGCCAGGACAUCAACAUUCUGAGGCUACCAGCCCCUGCAGCCUGAAGGCCAAGGCGGCUCCACAGUGCGUUCUGAAAGCACCUCCCGUCUUUCCCGUCGAAGAUAAUCGCAAACGAAUCCCGCAGCGCCGGAAGAAGGGCAGCAGAGCUUUCGAGCACCAGAAGGCAGUGGAGAAGGCAAACCAGGUUCCACUGAAGUCCAGCUCGACUACGCGGCUCGACCGCAGCCGAAGUUAUGGCUGCCCAUCCUCGCAGAGAUCUUCGUCCAAGACGAGGUCCGCAUCUCAAAGUGCCCUUUCACGCUCGGACUCGCACGGUUCUCACGGUGCACUGCCGGUGGUACACUCGUCGGCGUUGCCAAGUGGCGUGAGCAAAGGGCCGAGAAAACGUUUCACCACAGUCUUCGACGUGGCGCCCGCAGGGGACUUGUAUCACUGCACGUCGACAAACCGUCCCGCAACGGUCGGAUAG